AUGGACCAAGAUGCGCACUCAAAGACCGCAAUAGAGGCUUCCAACAACCUUGUGGGCCAAGGCGACUCUCCCUCUGACAAUACACCAUCCCCGCCGCAAGAGGAGAAAACUUCUGGGUACGGCAAUGCAGUGCAUGAUUUCGAUACGGGCCUGCAGGCAUGGCUGCAAGUACUCGGCGCCUUCUUUCUCUUUUUCAACUCAUGGGGAGUCAUCAACACGUGGGGUAUAUUCCAAACCUACUACGAGGAGCACAUUCUAUCCGAUCAAUCGGCAGAUACAAUCGCAUGGAUCGGAUCCGUGGAGUCAGCGCUUCUCAUGUUCUUUGGCGUCAUUACCGGCCCGCUCUUUGAUGCCGGGUACUUCUACGCCCUCGUACCGUUCGGGGCGUUCAUGGUUGUCUUUGGAUAUAUGAUGACCAGUCUUGCCUCUAAGUACUACCAGAUCAUGCUGGCCCAGGGUAUCUGUGUUGGAAUCGGAGCGGGCUGUAUGUUCAUACCAGCGGUCUCUUUGUUGCCACAAUAUUUCAACAAAAGGCGAGCUCUGGCAAACGGAAUUGCUGCAUCCGGAAGCAGUAUCGGCGGCGUGAUAUAUCCGAUUAUGUUUAAUAAGCUCCAGGAAGAAAUUGGCUUCUCUUGGGCAACCCGAACUCUUGCGUUUGUGGCUCUAGGAACCUGCAGUAUUUCCAUAGCCGUGAUGCGUGUGCGAUUCAAACCAAAGGAAAAACGAGCUUUAGUCCAGUUUUCUGCUUUUACGGAGCUCCAGUUCAAUCUUUACAGCUUCGCACUCUUCUUCGGGUUUUUGGGCUUCUACAACUUCCUCAUCUACGUUCAGCCGUGGGCAAUUCAGAAAGGGGUUGUCAGCGACACGCUAGGAUUCUACCUCGUCCCGAUUUUGAAUGCUGCCUCGACAUUUGGCCGUAUCAUGCCGAAUUUAGUCGCAGAUUACUCAGGGCCCCUAAAUAUGCUGGUGCCUGCUUCGGCGAUUUCGGCUCUUUUAGCCUUUUGCUGGAUAGCAGUAAAUUCAAGCGCGGGGAUUGUGAUUGUUUCCUUGCUUUAUGGCUUCUUUUCCGGGGGCUUUGUGUCUUUGCCUCCCAUCGUGAUGAUGGUCAUCACCAAAGAUCUUCGCAACUUUGGCACCCGACUCGGCAUGUCCUUUAGCAUCUGUUCCAUCGCGUUGCUGAUAGGCACGCCUAUUGGAGGUGCCAUAUUGGGUGGCACAGGUUCCUAUGUUGGUGUGCAAGCGUUCUGCGGAGCUUGUCUCGCCACCUGUGCUGCUCUGAUGUUUUGGAUCCGUAUUCUUCGUAGCGGUCCCAAAAUUCUUUAUCGUACAUAA